AUGCAGUUUCCAGCGGUCCUGACGCGUGCAACUCCGCGCUGCGGGGAGUCGGCGAGACCUCGAGGCGGGGCACACAGGCCACCGCCCCUGAAUUUCAGUCGCCAGACCUGCGGCAGCUUCGUACCCACAGCCUCCAUCUCUUCCCCUCCUCCUCAAGCUAUUCGCCUAGCUUCCGAGUGCCGGGCGGUGGUGGAGACGAAGAUAAACACGACGUUCAGUCAGUACACUGUAAAGGGUGCCACUACGUCUUACCCCACCCCUGGCAGCGGUUCCACCUCUGGCACUGACUACUUUAUUCAGUGGCGACAGAUGAUGGAGUCUGAGCUGAGGCAGGUUGUCCAGAGCCUCCUGAGACCUGCCGACACUUGUGUUCACGCGGUGCAGGGACGACUGCUGGGGCUUGCUGACCUCGCUGAGAGGCUGUGUGCUAUCGUGAAGCACGAAGCAAGAGAGGAAUAUGCACUAUUUAUCUUCUCACUGGAUGAGCUGGAGUCACCUUCAUGCUGUGUUCUCCAGGGAAUAUUCCCCAUCAGAGAUCACUUCUCUGCUCACACACAAGCUAUCAGAGGUGGGCGGAGUGAGGUGUUGGUUGCCACGGGCGACGGCUCGACUAUGCUAAUAAACAUCCCAGGAGACCAGUUUCCACAGGUCUUCAUAUCUCAACUGAACAGAGCUACGCAGCUAUUCUCUAAUUCAGGAAGGAGAGAGUUGCCCACUGCCUUCGACUGGCUGGCAGGCUACGAGGGUUGUCACACUGGCUGGGACCGAUUCUCCAAGCCACGCCCCCCACAUUCCACCAACCCCUUUGCCCCGCCCACCACCUCAGGAUCAGGUUCUCUGGAGAGCGCGUUCCCUGAGAACUGGCCGUGGAGUCACAUCAUCACCCCCAAUUCUGACGGCAGUACUGACGUUGCUAACUGUGAACAAGAUCUUUCCGAAUUUGAUCCUCUCCACGUCUCCAGUAACGGCAGUGUUCCUGUUCCCACGGAAACCUUUACGCUACACGAACCCUCUCCGACCCCGUCAACCAAUAGUAACCCCUUUGCCCCUGACUCAACGAACCCGUUCUCCACCUCUCCCUCUCCGCCUCCUCCCUCAUCCACCUCCUAUUUGGUGCCCACCUCUGCCGCCAGUGGUGGAAUGAGAUCGUGUACAUCUGAGUCAAACCUCCGUAGACUGCAGACUGAGGUCUCUCACCAGUCAUCCAGAUUGAGGGCUGACCCUCUAAUCUCCAGGUCCAGUGACAAUCUGGUGUCCAUUGACGAGACUGAGAGACACUGUGUGGCGGGAGGACUCGGGCAGGGUCUCGCGGAUCAGACGAAGCUGGGGGUCUUCACCAGCUCCACCUCCUCUCUCUCCAGUGGAGGCUGGGAGAAUGGGGAGAACGGGGAGGAAGGGAGGGAGGAGGAAUUCAGUGCUUCGGUUCAGAUAACUGAUUCUCGGACAAAGAAAAAGGGGUGGGGUCUGAGAGGAAGAGAAGGCCGGAGGACGACCGCCUCAGCAGGACAGCGGUACUCUAAGUUUGAGGUCAUCUCACCGGCAGAGGUCACCGGACGACACAGACUGAAUCAGUCCCCCGACCUUCGCGACCUCCGGAAGCCUCGAGAGGCAGUCAGGCUGCGGUUCAAGAAGGCAACUGGGUCUGAGACUAAACCUAGCAAGGCCAACAUGGAGCAGCCGGAGCUGUCCUCCCACCUCCCCCUCCCCUCCCUCAGACAGAGACCACGGGCAGAGACACGGGCUCGCUCCUCCUCCCACUGGGUCAGUCGCUACAGACCUGGAGUCCCAGUCCCUCGAGCCAACGUGAGGGAGAGCAUUGUGCAGGCCGAGCUGAGACAGAAAGAGAAGGAAUUCUGCAAUCAGAAGACCCUGAGGGUGUUCUGUGGGACUUGGAACGUGAAUGGAAAGCUGCCGCCGUCGUCCCUAGAUCAGUUCCUGAGAGAGUUCGAAGGUCAAGGUGACAGUGGCUCCAGUGUUGUUCCUGACGUCUAUGUCAUUGGAUUCCAGGAACUAGAUCUCAGUGCUCAGGCUCUGGUGGGGGCGGAAUCAAGUCGAGAGGAACCAUGGACAGUCGCCGUGGAAACGACCCUGGCGAGGGUGGGGUCAUACCACAAGUUGCUAGGGCAACGGUUGGUGGGGAUACUCCUACUCAUUUACAUCAAGCCACACCUCCUUCCCCACGUGACUGACCAGGACUCUGACUACGUUACCACAGGCAUCGGUGGUCUCAUGGGAAACAAGGGAGGGGUGGGCAUGAGGUUCAACUUGUUUCACUCUUCGUUUUGUUUCAUCAAUUGUCACUUUGCGGCCUCUGUGGAGGAGGUGGAGAAGAGAAACAACGACUACCUCACCAUCAGGAAUAAGAUGUUGUUCUCACGCGUUCCCGACUACAAGUACACCAUCAUGGAGCAUGACAUGGUGUUCUGGUUGGGAGACAUGAACUACAGAAUACAGACCAGUCCGGAGAUGACGGUGGAGGUGAUAAAGGCCAACGCAGACAACUUCCAGACGUCGUCUCUGCUGAAAGAGGACCAGCUGGUCCAGGAGAUGACCAAGGGGAACGUCUUCACUGACUUUGCGGAGGGAGCCAUCGACUUCAAACCAACCUACAAAUAUGACCCCAACACUGACAACUGGGACUCCAGGUAUAAAUAUAGUAAUGAGAGAGGAAUGCGCACAAAGAUAAUCCGUGCCAGCACUUAUGCGCUUACAUUACUAAUGUUGUUCCCCCCUCCCCCCACACACACACACACACAUAGUGAAAAGCACAGACCUCCAGCCUGGUGUGACAGAGUCCUCUACCACGGAAUGGGGGCGGAGCUUCGCGGCUAUCGCAGUCACCCAAAGAUGAAGACCAGCGAUCAUAAACCAGUCAGCGCCGUCUUUGAUUCCACUGUGAGGGUGGUGGAUCCAGUGAAAGAGAAGGACACUCUGGAGGAGAUUACAAGGAAGCUGGAUAAACUGGAGAACGAUACUCUCCCACAGGUCGACCUCUCCACCACCGAGUUUGUCUUCAAAGACAUCAAAUUCCAGGUACCUCAGACCAGGAAAUUGUACGUCACCAACACCGGCAGCAGACCUGUUCUCGUAUCAUUCAUCCCCAAACUGGACGAAGAGGCCUACUGCAAACCUUGGAUUGAGGCCAAGCCUUCAUCCGCUGUGGUCCAGCCACUGGAAGACGUGGUGAUGGUACUGACUGUGUUUGUGGACUGUGACAAUGCUCCCACGGUAACCUCAGAGCACAAUGCCAUUGACGACAUUCUAGUCCUCCACCUGGAGGGAGGCAAAGACUUCUUCCUCUCCGUGACUGGGAACUAUGUUCCAUCUUGUUUCGGGUCUUCCCUGGAGACUCUGGUCCAUCUGCACACUUACAUCAGAGAGGUUCCGACUGCCGACCUCCUCGACCUUACCCUCUCGUCUUCCUGCUCCCUGCCACGCCCCCCUCCCCCCUCCUUGUCUCCCUCUCUCUCUCGUCGCACCGUCCCACCUCACGAUAUCCCGAAGGAGCUGUACCAGAUGAUCUCAUUCCUUGACACCCACGGACUCUCUACCGAGAACCUAUUCCAGGAAUCAGGUCGACAUGUCGAAGUCCAGGAAAUCAUAGAUGCUCUGGAUGUGGGCGGAGUCAGGGAGUUGCCGGGCUCCGCCCACUCGGUUGCCGGGUGUGUCCUCCUCUUCCUGUCGGCUCUGAGUGAGCCUGUCAUCCUGGUGCCUCUCCAGCAGAGGGCCAUGGACUGCUGCAAUCAACCAAUGCUCUGCAAACAGUUGUUGCUGAGUCUCCCGAGAGUUCACCAGCGAUCGUUCACCUUUCUCAUCUCCUUCAUGAAGAGGUUGCUGGCACACUCGGAGGAGAACGGACUGGACCACAAGCUACUUGCUACUAUAUUUGGAGAUGUUCUCCUGCGAUCCCCGGCCAGUGACCGGAGGAUCAUGAGAAAGAAACAGCUCGGCCCCAUCAGUCGGAAGAAGGCAACUUUUAUUUACCAGUUUUUAGUGGCAGAUUUGACUGCGGACUACCGUUAGCUUAUCUAUAUACAACCCUUCGUUUUUUUUUACCAUUUCUAAUCUAUUACCAUUGGAGGUAUUUAUGUUGGUUGGCUUAUACUGAAAUCAUUGUUUGUUAUUCAUUGGAC